UGUGGAAUCACUUUAAUGGAGCACCGCCCAGAAUUAGUGGCAGCAAUUGUCGUCACUUUUCCUGAUUCUCAUCUCGCUGCAACAUCCAUAUUUCUGAAAUAAUCCUCUCAUCCACAGAAUUCUGCCUGCCCCAUGCUUAUAAACUGCUUCCUUAGAGUUAGAUCACUAAAAAUUAACUGCAACUAACAGUGGUACUAUAUUGUACGGACGAUGGCCUUCAAGAGCAGCAGCUACGCCGGCGGUAAGACCAUGGACGGGGACGACGUCACGGUGGAAGAGUUCAAGGAGUGGCUGAGGAGAUUCGACGUCGACAAGGAUGGUCGCAUAAGCAGUGAGGAGCUGCGUAGGGCGAUCGCCAGCAUCAGAGGGCGGCUCAAAGGUUGGAUCAAGGGGAGGCGGGGGAUUAAGUAUGCCGACGCCAACGGCGACGGCUUCAUUGGCGAGGAUGAGAUCGACAAGUUGAUAGAGUUUGCUGGGAAUAAGUUGGAUCUCAGGAUCGUGUUCAAUUAAUUAUCAUAACUUGCAUGUUCUUAAUCUCUAUAUAAUUAAUACUCGUGUCAUGUACAAGAUGACGAUGGAAGAGCAAGUUAUUCGUCAGCUUCAUAUGCGACGCGCGUGUUCAAUUAGUGCCUUACAAACUAAUACUCUAUCGAAGAUCCAUACUAACUGAUCGCCUACUGCAUAUAUUUGAUAAGAUGCCAAGCCACCAGUGCACUAUCCUGAUAUUGACAAAGUCACUGAUCAUCAAGGGGAGAAGGGGACGUCGAAGAUGCAUGUCUGCCGAUGCUGAGAAGGAGAAAAAGAGAGAAAGAAAGCAAGAGGAUUAGAAUGGAGGUCAGGGAUAUCCUGACUCAGUCAUUCUGAUGUUCAGAUUAGUCUUUAGUGAAGGAAAGCAGAGAGGAUGAACAAUAGUUGAUAAAAAGAGGAGUGUGUACGUGUGCAUAUGCAUACCUUGGCCCGUGAGGGCAUGCUCUUUUUAUAGCCUUGUUGCCAAGAUAAUACCUCUUUUAUUAUUAA